AUGGUCUCCACUCGGCGAGGCAUUGCGAACGCAGAGCAAGCCACGGCUGGCACUGGACGGUCCAGGCCACUCCGACAGGCAAGCGACACUAUACAUAUUAUCGUUCCCAGCGUCAAGCAGGUUGAGAUAGCCCCGGAGAAGCGAAAAGUCCCAAGCACUCCUCCUAAAAUGGCCCUCUCCGGCAAUAUUAGUGAGCAUGAUCUCAGUCUCACGUCACCAAGCACCGGCGAGUCUCCAGAGGUACUCACCAUCAUGACGCCGAAGAAACGACAAGGCUCAACUGACCCCACCGAUCGAAUUGUUUCCUCCGCCCUGCGAAGGCUCGCACCAAAGCCUUCCGCAAACAUGAGCGGCAGCAGCCACAACCCGAUCAUUGUCAACGAGACUUCAUCACCUCCACGGCGAGCAACGCGAGCGCCGAAGCGCAGACAGAAACACAAAAAGCUGUCGGAACCGCAUCAAUUCAUCGGCAACGGAUAUAGGGAACUGUACAGCUACGGUGUCUCCAGACCGGCAUUGGCAGCCAUGCCUGCGAACGGCAGCACAUUCACGGGGCACCAGAGCCAUGAUAUCUAUCGCAUGAUAAGCGCGAAGAUCACUGCAGCGCCCGAUACCAGUCCAAACGCAGCAUGGGGACGGCACACGCUCAAUGUACCUUUUGAAGUACAAUAUCCACUGUCCGCGCCGGUCCUUGCGCAACACGCGCCACAUUAUCACCCAUCAUUUGCGCAACACUAUCAUGUCCAAGUUCCUUCUAGCACAUAUAGCUAUCCAGUGAUUCCCUCUCAGAACGAAAACUCGCUCCGUAGGCGAGCUGUCCAUCACAUCCAAGAGUACUCACGAACUUCGCCACAGAAGAGGAAGCUGGUCGAUGCUGACCUUGCUGAAACCAGCGAUGAUGAAGCCAGAGAAUACCAGCGGCACGCUCGACCGCAAUCGAGCUGUUCAACUACUCAAUUGAAUGUCACACGUGCAUCCAGGGCAGAUAACGUUCACCAACAUAGAAAUCACAGGCCAACGGUACAUCCAGACCCAGAUCCCAAUCUCCUCGUCAGUCAUCUCAUUGAGCACACCUCACUUAUCACAUCCUUGUUACAAGUCUAUAUUUACUCUACAGACAAGAAGGGUCUACAGAAUGAUAUAUCGAUGAUGGUUCAAAUUCAGAAUCAAUAUAUGACUGCUUGGAUGGAGACCGACUCGCAGAACUCGCGCAAGCGAAUGAAGAGCAACAGUGAUGGUGCUGCCAGUCUGGCGAGCCACCCACAGUCUACCACCACUCCUACAAUGAGGAUUCAGAAUGAAAAGGACCAUACAUUGCGACAGGUUCUCUCCGCCGAUGCCGACAUGUGGCAAGAUGGUACAGGGCAUGGUGUCGUGGAUGCGUUCGCAGUCGCACCUGCAUCAUCACCGGUAGCA